CUGCUCCGCUCCGCUGCUGGCUCCGCUGCUGCUCCGUUCCGUUGCUGCCCCCCUCAGGCGCUGCUCCGCUCCGGUGCUGCCCCGCUCUGCUGCUGCCCCGCCCUCAGCCCGAGGCCGGCUCGCUGACAGAGCAGGUCGUGUGACGUGGAGCUCCGGAGGUACAUCUGCCUGGUGGCGCUCGAGCAUCGCACUCCAGACGCUCGUCCUUGCCAUUCCCAAGACCAAAUCACGAGAAGUCUGUUGGUCUGCCGCUAGCUCACGAGGCGACCAUGCGGCUGGUCCACGGAAAGAUGGUCCUCCUGGGAGCCGAAGGCGUCGGGAAGACGUCCCUGAUGCUGCGCAUGGUGGAAAAGCAGCCGCUGAGUCCGACACCGACCGUCGGGGCCGCGUUCUUCAACUUCAAGAUGAAGAUCGGCACCUUCCUCGUGAACCUGCAGGUGUGGGACACGGCCGGCCAGGAGCGCUUCGGCGCCAUGGCGCCUCUGUACUACCGCCACGCCAACGCCGCCCUGGUGGUCUUCGAUGUUACUAACUUCGCCAGCUUCUCCGCCGCGCAGCGCUGGAUUGACGAGCUGGGGGCAGUGCUCGGGCCUGACCUGGUACUGGUCGUGGUCGGUAACAAGGCUGACCUGAGGUCACAGAGAGCGGUGCCCGAGACCAUGGCUCGCACUCUGGCCGCCGCCAGAGGAGCUCACUACUACGAGACCUCCGCCCAGCACAACUCCGGCGUCGACGACGUGUUCUACCACACGGCGUUGCAGCUGGGCCAGCGGCUGCAGGAGUGUGUGGAACGCCGCAAAGGCUGA